GGGUUUUUAGUGCGGUUAUUAGACUUCUUGCAUAAAUCCAAUCUAGUUGGUGAUUUUGUCGUCGAAACUUGCCUUCGCUCCUCACGUACGCGCGUAAACUUGCUAACCACCGCUUCAAUUGCUUCGGUGGUAAUUGGAGGGAGUAGUACUGCUGCUGCUGCUAAUGGUAUGAUAACUACUCAGAAUGAUGCUGUAACUUCUCAGAAUCACUUUGAUCAAGCUACUGUUGUUGGUGGUGCUGCUGGUGCUGCUGGUGCUGUGUUUACUAGUGGGAAAGCAUUAAUUUUUGGAGCUAAUAAUGCUUGGGUUAAUGUUGUUGUUGAUCAAAAUAAUGUAGUAUUUCAAGCACUCGAUCUUGCUAACGUAAAUAGGACCUUGCAACUUAAUGGUGAUAAUAUAACUAUUGGUUCUAUAGGAUCUGUUACUGUUGGUAAUGCUGGUCAUUUAAGUAUUACAUUUGGUGCUGCAUGUCAUAAACUUACCUUAACCGGUAAAGAAGCUAAAGCAGCUCAACAUGGUUUUAUUCUUGGUGAAAAUGAGUGA